AAAAAAGGAGAGUCAGUUUACAUUUUUUGAUUGAACUAUUUUUAUUCCUUACCCUCUGCUACUUGUAAAACAUACUGUACUAUAAAUAAAUAUUUGCAUAAGUGAUGAAAGGUCACGUGACAAACAUCUAGCCUACCACUUUUAUAAAAUAUUUAGUGUCUUUUAACUCCAACUGUUACAAUUGCUAUAAAAAACUUUAAUAGUAGGACAUAUUCCGUGGUGUUCAGCAGCUACUGUUCAAUCCUGUUCGUAAGCGAUGAUUCGACGCUGUGUGGGCUCCUGUCUCUUUAAAUCUCCUCGGGUUUUCCCGGAGAGUCUCGGUGAGGUUCGCUGUCAAAAGCGCUGCUGCAAAGAGGGCAGAGACCGUGUUUGUGCAGAUAUCUAUCAUUUCUCGUGUUAAGUGGGUGCUGUGGCGUAAUAAAACACAUUUACUCCUGUGAAGUGAAGCAAACUGCCUCUCCACAAAUGCAAGCUAUUAAAUGCGUGGUUGUCGGCGACGGGGCGGUGGGUAAAACCUGUCUCCUGAUCAGCUACACCACAAAUGCCUUCCCUGGCGAGUACAUCCCUACAGUGUUUGAUAACUACUCUGCCAAUGUGAUGGUCGAUGGCAAACCGGUCAACCUUGGCUUAUGGGAUACAGCGGGACAGGAAGACUACGAUCGCCUCCGUCCCCUCUCGUACCCGCAGACGGAUGUGUUUUUGAUAUGCUUCUCAUUGGUGAGCCCAGCAUCCUUUGAGAACGUCCGUGCAAAGUGGUACCCCGAGGUGCGACAUCACUGCCCCAACACACCCAUCAUCCUAGUUGGCACCAAACUGGAUCUGCGAGAUGAUAAGGACACCAUCGAGAGGCUGCGGGACAAAAAGCUGUCGCCCAUCACCUACCCUCAGGGUCUGGCCAUGGCCCGAGAGAUCGGUGCAGUGAAGUAUCUGGAGUGUUCUGCUUUGACUCAGCGCGGUCUAAAGACUGUAUUUGACGAAGCCAUCCGCGCCGUCCUCUGCCCUCCACCCGUCAAAAAACGCGGCAAGCGCUGCACUCUCUUCUGAGUAAACGCCACAACAGUUCCUGGCACUCCACACAAAACUACAAUAUUUUUAAUCAGCCUCUUGGAGAAUAUACUGUACUACUCUCACAGGUUCGGUGACAGCCGUCCAUCAAGUUCUAAUGCACAUUACAUGAAGAUGAACCAUUGGCUAGAUGCGUCCAGUCGGAGGGAAACCUUGUUGUAGAUGACGUUUGUUUUAGUUCUUCACAGCCUCACACGCCCAGAGACGUAAUAUUCCAUUUCAGAUCGUUUAGAUGAGAAGUUUUAGUGGUACGGUGUAAUUGUUGACAUACUGUAAGGAAGUGUUUCUUGGUGUUGUAAAGGAAGCCUGUCAAAGAAAUGGAAUCGUGUAUAAAGCUAACCAUUCGCAGUAUUAGCAUUGCUGACGGCAUUAAAGUCAACAUGAAACCACAUUCGUGAGACAUAACAGGAUAUUCAGUGAAAAAGAAAUGUUGCAAAUGUUUGGAAUGUGAGAAGUGUCGGUGGUCAUGGAAGGGUUAACGUUUUGCAUACCUUCUCACUAAGUUUUAUAUAUAUAUAUAUAUAUAUAUAUAUAUAUAUAU